AUAGGAACGUCCUACGCCCCGGUAGUAGUAAACCUAUACUAUGCUUUUUUCGAAAGAGCUCUCCUCCCUAGAUAUCCGAAGAUUCGCUUCUAUAAACGCUAUAUAGACGAUAUCUUCUUGCUGUUUAAAGGGACAGAAGAAGAACUUGUUAGCCUACAAUCAGCCUUUGUUAUUAAAGGACUAACGAUUAAUUGGGAACAUUCGAAAACAAGCACGCACUUUCUAGAUGUGCUUCUACUUAACGAAUCCAAUAGGCUAGUAACUUCGAUGUAUCGCAAGUUUCUAAACAAGUAUAUAUAUAUCCCGUAG